AUGGUCAACACGAGCUUCCCGACACUGCCCUUCGUCUUCCGCGUCACAAUGACUUCGGCCAUCGAGCCGACCGCGUUGGAUUUUGGUGUGACUAUUGAUCCACUGUGCCCCGACCAGACGUCCAAUUGCAUCUCCGACCCCGGUUUGGCAAUUCCACGAAUGCGUGCUGUUGUUGAUGGGCGUCGCUGUGAUUUUGGUGAUCACCUGUCGUUUGAUUGGGCUAUUGGUGGUUGUUCUGACGAGAAUCUUCUUGACGAAAGUUCUGCUCUUGAUGCAUCAUUGGAAAGCGCAGAGCCAGAAUCUCGAAGUCUCUUCCAGUCUCGUUGGAUGGUUGAGGGUGAGACUGCUUUGAAGACUUUCCCAGGACGUGACUUGGCCAAGGAUUAUACCCCAUCGUCCGGUCAAGCUCGCAAGGAAGUAUGGGUCAGCCGUCAGGACGAGGUCGACGGCGUCAAAUCCUCCAAUGGACCGUCCACUGCAGGCAGCGGUUGGAGAAUCCAACAGUUACCGCCCCAUGGAAACCCCCCUGGGUUCGACCUGGGCCACCGUAUUAUGUAG